AUGGAUGACGAUAGACUUGCUCAUCCAGCCGAAUGCACUCCGCUUUUGGGCUCUAAUUCUCGUUCAGAGCAUGAGGACUUGAAUACUCAGAUUACUGUCUCUUUGCUGUAUGCAGAGGCUGGUCGAAUUGUUACUCUUGCAUGGCCCAUCAUGGUUGGCUACAUUCUACUGACUUCUCUUUCCGUUGCUUCGGUUUUAUCUCUUGGACAUGUUGGCACAAAGGAAUUAGCUUCCUCUGCGCUCACCACCAUGUUCUGCAAUGUCACUGGAUUCUCGAUUGGCAUUGGAAUAAAUACCGCAAUGGACACACUGUGCUCACAGGCAUAUACUGGAAGCUCAGACAAAUAUGCGCUUGGAAAGCAUCUACAGCGAUCGCUGAUUGUUAUGGUUUUGAUCUCUAUUCCCAUCUCUUUCCUUUGGCUGUUUACAGAAAACAUCUUGCUGAUGUUUGGUCAAGAUCCAGAGAUUUGCCGACUGUCGGGUGAAUUCGCUCUUUGGAUGCUUCCUGGACUGCUUCCCUACCUAUGUGCAGAUAGCAUGAAACGAUAUUUGCAGUGUCAAGGUAUUGUAAAGGCCGCCAUGUGCGUUAUUGCAAUUGUCGCUCCAGUCAACAUCUUCCUGCAAUGGUUUUUGGUAUGGUCUUCUUAUGCUAUUGGCAUUAUUGGAGCUCCUAUUGCAACCAGUGUGAGCAAUAUCUUGAUUUUCUUGUUGACCAUUCUCUACAUUUGCUUUGUGGAGGGUAACGAGAAAUGGGGUGGAUGGGAAUGGAAAGAAGCUUUGAAUGUACGCCAGAUAUGGAUUUACAUGAAACUGGGUGUUCCUGGUGUUGCAAUGGUCUGUAGUGAAUGGUGGGCAUUCGAACUGGUUGCAUUGGCUUCGGGCAUGCUAGGAGACCAGUCACUGGCAGCACAGUCGAUCAUCUUGAACACGAUCUCGCUGACUUAUAUUCUGCCCAUGUCGUUUUCAAUUGCUGCAUCAACACGGAUUGGCAAUUCGCUUGGUGCCAAUCGACCCUUUUCGUCCAAAGUGGCUGCCAUGACAGCAUAUAUCAUAGGAGCAUUCCUUGCUGUUGCUAACUGCACGUUCUUGUUUAGUGUGCGUUUUAGCUGGGGAUAUCUGUUUACUAGUGAUGUCGAGGUAAUUCAUUUGGUGGCCGAGGUACUUCCGCUUGCAGCACUGUUUCAGAUUAGCGAUUGUCUUUGCUCCAUUGGUGGUGGUGUAUUACGUGGUUGUGGUCGUCAGCAUCUCGGUGCCUACAUGAAUCUGACAGGUUAUUAUCUCAUGGGUUUACCUAUUGGUGUCUAUCUUGGCUUCAAGGCUGGGUUCGGUCUUCAAGGACUCUGGAUUGGACUUUCUUUUGCAUUAAUCAUCAUUUCUGCCGCGAUGGCAUGGCUAGUAAUGCGAACAGAUUGGAGCAAAGAGGCUGACAAUGCGAUUAAGCUGUGCGCACAUACCUGUGGAGGCACCGAUGCAGAAUCACUGCUCGGAUCCGAUCUUGUUAUUGAAGAUAAUACCGAGCCAUGCCAUCGUACAUGCUUAUAA